AUGGACCCAACAUACACAACCCGGCAGUUCCGUGAAUACCUCCAGUUUAGCUACCCUGCUGCUACACUGCUAGUAUUUUUGAUCGGGUUUAUCACAAAUUCGGUUCUGAUCGCUAAAAGCUCCCAAAAUGGCGGCGCAGUGCGGUGUGGUCUUGAGGAAAAGCCCUUGUCCAAGGGGUUGAGAAGUACGAUACACAAGAUUGCAGAUGCUCAGAAGCAUCAGUUUUCUUCUAGUGCAAGAUAUGCAUUCGUAUGGCUUGUGGUUGGUGUCCUGGUGACCCUUGUGGCGGAUGUUUCUGUCCAUAUCAGUCAUGCUAUUGCGGGCCAUGAGGAGAGAUGGUGGUGUGGACAAGCGACUGUGAUCUACGUCGUGGGAUCAUUUUUCUCCCACGUCAUCAUCUUCCUCUCCCUGCUCGAUACAAAUCCCGCCCCAACUUUCGCGCAAUUUAUUCCCUGGUCCAUGACGAUUCCGUUCGAACUCGCCAUAGUCGCUACUUCUUUAUCAAUCUAUACCAAUACACACCAUGAUCCGAUCGUCGGGAAUGCAUUCGGCGGUCCUCUGCGCGAAAGAAUCACAAAGUGGGAAUUGCUGGAGGUGAUAUCCGGUGUUAUUCGACUUCUUUUUCUGGUUUUCUUGGUUGCUUUGUACGUGCUGCAUUUCGUCCGCGCGAAUUCGGCCGAGGGCUCUCGCGAAGAUAGUCCAAUGGAGCAGAUUGGACUUCUUGACUCUGAGACAAAGGCUGGGGCCGAGAACAACGAGGGUGACGAUGCCCCCGAAAAACCUACAACUGCCCCAAACACCUGGUGGCAGUACCUCAGCGGCUACUCCGUACUAUUUCCAUACCUAUGGCCCUCCAAAUCCCGGCGCCUUCAGAUUAUCGUCAUAAUCUGCUUUGGCCUCUUAAUCCUCCAGCGCAUCGUUAACGUCCUAGUCCCAUACCAAGUCGGCGUAAUCACCGAGGCCCUCUCCAUCGAAGGAAACAAUAUCCACCUCCCCUGGCUCCAAAUCUGCCUCUACAUCAUCUACCGCUGGCUCCAAGGCAGCCAGGGCCUUCUCGAGUCCCUGCGCUCAUAUCUCUGGAUCCCAAUUAGUCAAUAUGCUUACAUGGAAACGUCGACUGCGUCGUUUGAGCAUGUGCACGGUCUGAGUUUGGAUUUUCAUUUGAAUAAGAAGAUUGGGGAGGUGCUUUAUGCGUUGAAUAAGGGGAGUGAUUCCGUAAAUACGUUUUUGGAACAGGUUACGUUCCAGGUUGUGCCUAUGGUUAUUGAUCUGGGGGUUGCGGUGGGGUACUUUUUGAUUGCGUUUGAUGCGUAUUAUGGGCUUGUUGUUGCUAUUGUGACGUUUUUCUAUCUCUAUGUCACGGUGCGCAUAGCGCAGUGGAGGGCUGAAAUGCGAAGAAAACAGGUCAAUGCCCACAGGCAGGAGAAUGCCAUCAAAAACGACUCCCUCUCCUCCUACGAAACAGUAAAACACUUCAACGCCGAACUCCUCGAACACACCCGCUACCGAACAGCAGUCUCCACCUUCCAAUCCGCAGAAUACCACUCCCUCUACGCGCAGUCCUUCAUGACAGCAGCCCAAAACACAGUCUUUACACUAGGCCUGCUACUCACCUGCUUCAUAGCCGCGUACCAGGUCUCCAUCGGCCAGCGGCCAGUGGGCCAAUUCAUGACUCUGCUCACGUACAUGGCGCAGCUACAGACGCCGCUGAGUUACUUUGGGACGUUUUAUCGGUAUAUCCAGACUGCUAUGAUUAAUUCGGAGCGGUUGUUGGAGUUGUUGAGGGAGAGGGCGUCGGUUGUUGAUAGGGUGUCUGCUAGACCUAUGGAUGCUUGCCAGGGACGGAUUACGUUCGAAGAUAUUGGAUUUGCGUAUGAUGCGAGGAAACACAAGAAUGCGUUAAACGGGCUAUCAUUCCACUGCGAGCCAGGCACAAUAACAGCCCUAGUCGGCGAGUCCGGAGGCGGGAAGUCGACUAUCUUCCGCCUGCUCUUCCGCUUCUAUAACCCCCAAACCGGCCGGAUCCUCGUCGACAACAAUGACGUCCAGGAUAUAACCAUCGCUUCUCUCCGCGAACACAUCGCCAUCGUCCCGCAGGACACAUCCCUCUUCAAUGAAUCCCUCCUCUACAAUCUCCGCUACGCAUCCCCCUCCGCCACAGAUGAAGACAUCCACAAUGCCUGCCGAGCAGCCUGCAUCCAUGAUAAAAUCAUGACAUUCCCAGAAGCCUACGAGACGAAAGUCGGUGAUCGGGGACUGCGGCUUAGCGGCGGUGAGAAACAGCGCGUUGCGAUUGCGCAGACAAUUCUUAAAAAUCCGCAAAUUAUACUCUUGGAUGAGGCGACUGCUGCGUUGGAUAGUGAGACGGAGGGGCAUGUGCAGGAGGCGUUGGGGAACUUGGCAAAGGGGAGGACGGUGAUCAUGAUUGCGCAUCGUUUGAGUACUGUUACGGAAGCGAACCAGAUAUUGGUGUUGCAUGAGGGCAGAGUUGUGGAGAGGGGGACGCAUGGGGAGUUGUUGGGGUUGGGUGGGAGGUAUAUGGGGAUGUGGCGGAGGCAGAGUCGGCAGGGUGCUGGAGAAGAGUUGCGGAGACGGAAUCCACAGCAAAGGUUGCUCUAG